CUAUACGAAAGGGGAGACUGCUGUAACUGAAUCCGAUGCCGAUGAAGCUCAGAUUUUCUUGGACUGUGCGAUGAAUCAUAUCUAGGUUAUUAAAUAAAACACACAGUGUCCAUUAAAAAUAUUUUUUUGGGCAGCAGUAGGUUCAUAGAAAGCUGUGCUGAAAGAGUGAAAAAAACACGAGCCUCCACCUUCUCCCGUAAAUCCAUCUUCCUCCCCUCCCUCCAGCACUCACUCCCUCCUUUUUACCUCUUCCGCUCACCGUAUAAAUAUGAGCGAAGGGGACGGGGGGCAGAUCAGUGGAAGGGACCCGCUCGUAAGGGAGCCGACCGCGACCAAAACCCAAGAAACUCAACCCUUGAAAAGUCCAUUUGGGAUUUACUCAUCACAUCUCCAUCAUGUUCCUCCUGCUCUGCAUGUGCCUCGUGGGGUUCUUUGCCCCACGGGGUGACGCCCAGGACCGAGCCGCCCUCUGGAGGGGCAACGACCGAAGCGGCCGAUGCCAGUACACCUUCACCGUGGCCAGCCCCGCAGAGGCCAGCUGCCCCCAGGCCGGGGGCCCCGAGAUGGAGGCCGUCAAGGCCAGGCUCUCCACGCUGGAGGCGCUGGUGUCCAGGCUGACCGACGGAGGAAGGGUCGCGGGGGCCACCGCGGCGGACUCGGGGGCUGAGCUCCGGGAGGCGAUGAACCGGGCGGUGGGCGAGAGGAACCUGCUGCAGGGGGAGAAGGAGCGCCUGGAGAGGGAACUGGGGUCGCUUCAGAGACGCCUGGAGGAGAUGCUGAGGGAGACGGAGACGCUGAGGAACACACCGUGCUCCCCGCAGACCCCGGCCGUGCCGGACGGGGGUCUGAUGAGACCCGCUGCAGGUUCAAGUCCCGUGUCCCAACUGAUGGGGCGACCCAACAGGCACGGUGACGGGGGCAGUUUAAGAGAUCCGGCAUGGCAGCAGAGCUUCCAGGAGCUCAAAGCUGAGGUGACCCAAGUUCCGGCGCCUGAAGAAUACACAGGUUGCGGCGUGCUGGCGUCCGUGUCCGAGCCCGUCACUCACAGGAAGGCCGACAGCAUCGCGGGCAAGUACGGUGUCUGGAUGCAGGACCCCGAGGCCGUGACCCCGCACGGGUCCGACACGGUGUGGCGCAUCGACACCGUCGGCUCCGACGUCAGGCAGCUGUUUAGCUACGAAAGCUUGGAGCAGCUCUCCAAGGGCUUCCCCACCAAGGUGGUGUUGCUGCCGGAGCCCGUGGAGGGCACAGGCGGCGUCCUGUACCGAGGCUCCCUGUACUACCAGCGGCGCCGCAGCCGGACCCUGAUCCGCUUCGACCUGGCGUCGGAGAGGGUGGCGGCGCGGCGCGACCUUCCCCACGCCGGCUUCCACGGCCAGUUCCCGUACUCGUGGGGCGGCUACACCGACAUCGACUUGGCGGUGGACGAGCGCGGCCUGUGGGCCGUCUACUCCACAAGCAAGGCCAAGGGCGCCGUGGUGCUGUCCCGGCUGGACCCGCACGACCUGCGGGUGACCAGGAGCUGGGAAACCAACAUUCGCAAGAACGGCGUGGCCAACGCCUUCGUCAUCUGCGGCCGCCUCUACACCGUGGCCAGCUACGCGGCGGCCAACACCACCGUCAACUACGUGUACGACACGGAAAGCAGCCGCGGUCACGCCCUGGCUAUCCCUUUCCAGAACAAGUACCGCUACAACAGCAUGAUCGACUACAACCCCACGCAAAAGAAGCUCUUCGCUUGGGACAACUUCCACAUGGUCUCGUACGACGUGCGGCUGGGGCGCCCCACGCCCGCGGCUUGAGGACCCCUCCCCCACCCAAGAGAAGUGACUUUAGCUCGCCCGCUCCCGCUUCAAAGACUCUGAGCUUUUUGUUAAGGCUGGCUUAAAGGCUACACAAAACUCACUUUUUUUUUUUUAAUGUACAUUAUAUCCCAAUUUGACCUUUAACUUUGGAUUUUGACAUUUUCAUUAAUAUUUGGUUCGUGUUUAAUAUUUGGAGUUUUCCAUUUGACAUUUUCAUAAUUUACAAAUGUGAAUGAAACAUCCAAAUGGUUGACGGUAGUGAAAAAAAAGGUAAAAAUGCAAAAGCAAAACAUUUAUUCAUUCACAAUUUUUUACAUUUGCAUAAUUUGGCCAGGUUGUACUUUCUUCAAGUGGAAAACAAAACCAUGAAAUACUAAAAUAAAAUAAAAAAAAUCUACACAAAAACCUUUUUUUCAUUAAUUUAAAAAAUUUUUUUACUUGACUUUUUUUUAAAACCCUGUUUUACAUUACUUUUCCAUUUUUUUAAUGGGGGGAAAAAACUUUUACGUUUAACAGGAAAGGGGAACUUACAACCGCUAACAAGAUUUGAACGUAGCCUUACUUCACCAAUAUGCAGCAAAUGAUAGACACAUUGUCCGUCAUGCCUUCUUUUUCUGAUUGCUGGUUCUUUCUCGGGUGUGGUGGUUUCUUAAAAAAAAUACGUAAAUGGAAAAAAUCUUUGGUAAUUAAUUUUUUAAAAACUUUUAACAUAUUUUAAAAUACACUUUUACUUAAAAAAAUGGUUUAUACAAUUUUACAUUACUACACUCACCACCAAAUGUAAGGGGAAAAAAAAUUAGACAAGUAAAAAAAAAAAAAAAAAACUUCAUUAAUAGGCAUAUGUUUUUUGUCAUUGUAAAAAAAAAAUGGCAUUUCAGAAUAAAAGGAGUUUUAAUUUAGAGUACAACCUGAUUCAAUCAUGAAAUAAAAAAUUUUGGAGGAAAAAACUGUCAAGUUAAAAAGUUCAUAUUAAGGUGUAAUGCUUUAAAAAAAAAUGUGUGUGGCAGGCCGAGCACACCUGUACCCACAAAGAGAAAUUAUUUUUGUACCUGAUGUUCGUUUUUUUUGUUUUGUGUGUGUCCAUACCGCCACUUGGUACUUUGUGCUAACUUUGUACAUGUGUGACAUUGAGUACUACGUAUAGUACUGCCAUUCCCAUUGUACUUUGUUUUUUUCUCUCUUCCCCUAGGAAAUGGCUUUCUUGCGAUAGGCUGCAAUGAUAUUGCAUGAACACUGUAGUCAUCUCAUGUGCAGAUGUUUAUCUUGGAAUAAAACAUUUAAGAUGACAA